GCGUGCGGCGGGGCGGCAGCCGCCAUCUUGCGUCGGGGCCCGCCGCCGGUGCAGCGCUCCAGAGUGGGGUUUUCUCGCUCGGAGGGCGGUGGGUGCCGUGCGUCUCCGCUUCGAUGGACAACAUGGCAAGCCCGGGUAAAGAUAACUUUAGAAUGAAAAGCUACAAGAAUAAUGCGCUUAAUCCCCAAGAAAUGCGUAGACGAAGAGAGGAGGAAGGAAUCCAGCUUCGGAAACAGAAAAGGGAAGAACAGCUGUUUAAGCGCCGAAACGUUUCUCUCCCAGGAAAUGAAGAAUCUAUGGUAGAAAGUCCAAUUCAGGAUCCUGAUGUCAGCUCUACUGUACCUAUCCCAGAGGAAGAAGUUAUUACAGUAGAUAUGGUGCAGAUGAUUUUCUCAGAUGAUCCUGAUCAGCAACUCACAGCAACUCAGAAGUUCAGAAAAUUGCUAUCUAAAGAGCCUAAUCCGCCUAUAGAUGAAGUCAUACAAAAACCAGGAGUAGUACAGAGAUUUGUGAAAUUUCUGGAGAGGAAUGAGAAUUACACUCUGCAAUUUGAAGCUGCUUGGGCAUUGACAAACAUAGCAUCUGGAACUUUUCUACAUACCAAAGUUGUAAUUGAAACUGGAGCUGUUCCAAUUUUUAUUAAAUUGCUUAGUUCAGAACAUGAAGAUGUACAGGAGCAGGCAGUGUGGGCUCUUGGUAACAUUGCUGGUGAUAAUGCAGAAUGCAGAGACUUUGUUUUAAACUGUGGAAUAUUACCACCCCUCUUGGAACUGUUGACAAAUUCAAAUCGUCUUACAACAACUAGAAAUGCAGUCUGGGCACUCUCAAAUCUCUGUAGAGGAAAGAACCCACCCCCAGACUUCAGUAAGGUUUCUCCUUGCUUAAAUGUUUUAUCAAGACUGUUGUUUAGCAGUGACCCAGAUGUAUUGGCAGAUGCUUGCUGGGCUCUCUCAUACCUUUCAGAUGGUCCCAAUGAUAAAAUUCAAGCUGUUAUUGACUCUGGAGUGUGUCGAAGAUUGGUAGAGUUGCUGAUGCAUAAUGAUUACAAGGUGGUAUCCCCUGCAUUAAGAGCAGUUGGAAAUAUUGUUACUGGAGAUGAUAUCCAAACACAGGUAAUUCUAAACUGCUCUGCAUUACCCUGUCUCUUGCACUUGCUUAGUAGUCCCAAGGAAUCUAUUCGAAAGGAAGCAUGUUGGACUGUUUCUAAUAUUACUGCAGGAAACAGAGCUCAGAUUCAGGCUGUUAUAGAUGGAAAUAUUUUUCCAAUAUUAAUUGAAAUUCUUCAAAAAGCUGAAUUUCGCACCAGAAAAGAAGCAGCGUGGGCUAUAACUAAUGCAACAUCAGGAGGAACCCCUGAACAGAUUAGGUAUUUGGUAGCACUAGGUUGUACCAAGCCUCUCUGUGACCUCCUGACUGUGAUGGAUUCAAAAAUAGUACAGGUGGCUUUAAAUGGACUUGAAAAUAUUCUGCGUCUUGGAGAACAAGAAUCUAAGCAAAAUGGAUUGGGCAUUAAUCCUUAUUGUGCCCUUAUAGAGGAAGCAUAUGGACUUGAUAAAAUUGAAUUUCUUCAGAGGCACGAAAACCAAGAGAUCUACCAAAAGGCUUUUGAACUCAUAGAACAUUACUUUGGCGUUGAAGAAGAGGACUCCAGUAUUGCACCUCAGGUGGAUGAAAGUCAGCAGCAGUUUGUGUUUCAACAGCAGGAGGCUCCAAUGGAUGGGUUUCAGCUGUAAACUACUGAAGUGAAGAUGAGCAGAAAAUGUAAAUGCUUGUAGGGUUUUGGGUUUGUUUCCCCCCCCCCCCCCCCCAGAGGUCUUUUUGUUAUGGCCAAAGUUAGAGGAAAAGUUGGAUAUGUUUUGCAAAAAUAGAUGAAGAAGCAGCUCAUGCACUUUUUAUCUACUGUGUUAGAUACAACUGUUCUUGGUUUUGUAUUUGUGUUUUUCAUUAUCUCAUAUGUACAGAAAACGACUGAGUAAUCAUGUCUAGAGUAAAGCAUUAAUUGUGAUUUAACAAGAACUGUUAAGUUAAAACUUGGUAGGAUCUUUGGUAGUGUUUCUGAAUUUUUCAUGUAGUCUCAAACUGCAUAUCAGCAAUACAGUUACUGACAGUUGCAUUUUUGGCAGUAGGCUUGACUUGCCCAGUCUAUCAAAUCUACCUCUUGUACUGAAGCAGAAACAUUGCUUCAGAACUAAGGCAUGAAAUAAAGAUGAGCUUGUAAGAAGCUGAAUUGGAAUGUGAAAAAUAUUUAUUUAAAAUUGUGAAACUUUAAUGCAUUAAUUGCUUUACAACACAUUGUUGGAAUUUAUUUAUAAAAUGUAUUUAAAGACAUAAUAAAUAUACAUAUAUAAUGCUAAUAUAAUAUUGAAUAUAUGAAAAAGCUUUCUGAAUUAUGUGGAAAGAGGACUUUUAGAGGUUUUCAAAUUUAAAUCAGCAGAGAGCUUGCUGGUCAUUUGAUGCUGGCUGUAAUUAAAGCUGCUAAAUGGCAUUAAAAGUCAGCCACAAAUACAAUAUUUUGCUGUGGAAGCAGUUGCUAUAGUUACCACAUGAAUGGUGUGAUUCUGAAAGACAGACAUGGUCAUUUGUGUAAAUCACCAAGCAGAUGGUUUAUGUCUGUCUCCUAUCAAAAUAUGGUAACACCACCUUAGUUUGAGAUACAUUGCAAUGUUUGCCUUUCUAGUACAAUAGCUUCUUAAAAGUUUAGAAAGUAGGUGGAUGAUUUUUGUGUUUUGUUUUAUUUUGGGUUUUUUUGACCAAACAUGCUACCACCACUUGAAUUACUUUUUAAGCUAAAGAACUGUUUUCUUUUGGUAAGACAAUAAAAAUACUGCAGUGAAGAACGAAUAGUGGAUCACUUCUUUCCAGAUGGAGGAACAGUUUGUUGUACUGUAAAUAGCAUUAAGUAUGUGAACACCAAAACUAACUAGAAGUUACUGUCAUCUAAAUAUAUAGGCUUUACAAUAUACAGUGUUUGCUGUUAAACACUAGAAGAAAUAGAAUUCUAAUAUUUACGUUAACAGUUUUGAAUACAGAAUAAUGUAUGCUCUGCUUGGACUUGCAUAUUAAGUAGUGUCUCUGGCAUAUUAGUGAUAUAUCUCAUUUGGAGAAAUUUAUACUUUGGGUUAAUGCCAAAGUAUGAUAUUUUUUUAACCUGUAAUUAAUGUAUUAACAUCAAACUCCUGGGUUAUGAGAGCAUUUCAUGCUUCAUAAAAAGCUGCAAUUUAAACUUCAAAUUACUUUCCCCAUGGCACUGUGCUUGUCACUAAACAAUAUCUUAAUGCACUGGAAAAUACAGGUUAAAGAUGGUAUCAUUUACAGUACCAUUUUAUAUUUAGAAGGUUUUUUUAAUGUGCAAUUUAAGAUUCUGAGAUGUUACACUUUGAUUUUACAGCAAUAUAUACUAUAUUGUAAUUGAAUGUUGGACUUGAAGUGGAUUUUCUGAGAUUAAUGGUCAGUUUUGACUAAAAUGUAACUGGGAGGGAAGAAACCUUUCUGAAGUCUCUUUAGUGGAAGACAGAAGUGUAAGAAGUGUAUAUAGGAGUGCUGUUACUUUAUGGACUCUGAAUAAUGAGAUAUUUUAGCAAACGACACUUUAAACCUAGAUUUGUACAGCAUACAACAGUUUUGAUUAGUGUGAUGAUACUGAGUACAGCUGCCAAAUUUUCAUACAAUAUUAGAAGAUUGUAUUUGUGCCCUUUUUACUCUCAUAGUUCUAGGUUUUCUUACACCAACCUUCCUUCCCCCCAGUCUGUUCAAAGUACAGGGUAACAGUCAUGGAAAGCUACCAGGAUUACUAGCAAAUGCUGAAUUUAAAUGUUCUUCUAGUGUAAGAAAAUUAUUCAGGUAACAGGGUAUUCCAUUGUUUCUGACAACCUUGUUUUGAUAACAUAACCAGCUGUGCCUGCUUCUUGUUUGGAGAACCCUGUAAAAACUGCAUUUUUAAGUCCCUCUAAUUUAAACCAAAUCUGAAUUAUAAAAAUCUUAAUUAAAAGGUUUGAAAAUGAAGAAAAGAGGGGACAUUUACAAUAUUGUAUUUGUUUUUGAAAGAAUGUCUUCAGUUUUGUGGAUAUACUAUUCUGUAUAUGUGAACAGUUAAGUGACUGCACUUUAUGGGUUUAGGUAAAGUAGAUUUCAUGCCUCUGAUACAUUUAAAUGUAACAGUUUAAAAGGGAAUUAAAAUGAAUGGGCUUAUUUAAACUCAACAUUUGGAUUACCCUAAAAUUGUUUAAAAAUAAUAGUGAAAAUUCUUCUUUAAAGGAUAAACAUACAGGAUGGCCUCUCCUAUUUUAUCACUGGGUUUACACCGUGCUUUGUUAAAAGCACAUAAAUGAGCAAAAUAAAACCAGAGAUGAUGACUUAAGGUCAGCUCUGGUGUAGUCAUUUGCAGGUAGGGUAUGAAUAUGGUGAUAAUGCCUAAAGAGAUGAAACCUGUGUGUACUGGAAAAUACAAACAAACAAAAAACACCGAAAAACCCCCACAACAGCAACAAAAACAACCACCAAAAAAACCCCAACCUGUAAGAAGAAAAUCUCUCAAGUUUGGUAUUGUAUAUGGAGUCUGAAGUGCCCCGUCAGUUACACAGUAUGGUUAAAAAUACAGGGGCUUCGGGUUUGUGGUUUUGGUUUUGAUUAAGAGGGUAAGUUUGUUCUGCUUAAAUGUGAGUACUAACUAGCUAAUCUAUGCAACUAUGCAAACAUAAGAUUUUUGUUUGGUUUUGUUUUUUUUAGUUCCCUACUCAAUACACUGAAUCAUAUCCAAUUUUAUCAUUGUUGCACUUUUGUCUGAGGACUGGUUCAUACAGCUUUUUUCAUUUUCUAGUAUUUGCUUUAAACGUUGUUGCUAGAAGCAAUCAGAAAAUAGUAAUAAUGUUGGCACAGAUAUAAGUUAGCUGUAGAACAAGUUUGUAACUGGAAAAUAUUUAUUGUCAGGUCUGUCUUCAAUAAAAUUUUUUAAAAGAUGCACUAUUGUCUCUCCUUCGUGGUUAGUUCUCAGUUGCUUUAAAUUUACUAAAUUGUAUUGCUGAGGAUUUUUGUAAUAGGUCUGCCAAUUAUAUGUGAAGUUCAACUGUGACCUCAAAAGUUCACUGAAAUCUGGAAUGAGAAAUUUCAGUUAUUCAUGGCACAAAAUCUUUAUAUAAUGUGUGGAAACUAAAAUAUCUACACUAACUCCAGAUAGUAAUAGUGCAUCUUUAAAUUCAGGCUAAAGGCCUGUUACUGUAACAGAACACAUAUGAGUAGUAUGCAAUAUUAUGGAAUGUUAAAUCUUGGAAUACCAUGCAGAAACCAAUAAAAGUUAUUUUACAGAGGCUAA